GGCUAUAGUGAAGCAUCAAAUAAUUCGGUACCAUCUAUGGUAGAUGGACUUCCAUAUUCUGAAAAGGCUGCAUGUGGAGGCUAUCAUACCUGUGUUAUUACAGAUCUACAGAUGUCGCUCAUUUACCUGAAAAAGUUGAAGGACCAUUUUUGAGGCAUUCAGUUUCUGAGGUAUCCUGUGGUUGGAAGCAUACAGCAGCAAUUUCUGGAGGAAAUGUUUACACUUGGGGAUGGGGAGGCUCCCAUGGGACAUUUUCUGUAGACGGACAUUCUUCUGGCGGACAGCUGGGUCAAGGAAAUGAUGUUGAUUACAUUGAGCCUACAAAAAUCAACUUUCAUAGACACGUAAAAGCAUUGCAAGUAUCAUGUGGGUUUAAUCAUACAGGUGCUAUAUUUGAAUACAGCUAGAUGGAAAAUCAGUCGUUAUUUCUUGCCGAGAAGGCAAUAUAAUCUGAUUCUUACGGAACGUUUGCAAAUCCUCUAAAUCUCACGUAAGUUCAACUUCAGGUUCACAUAUAUAAGCAGUCUGUUAUUACAGCUUUACACUCCGCCGUUGCUUUCUACCAUAUAGUUUCAAACGAAGUUUUACCAUAACAUUCCUCUAAGAACCGGUAUGUAAUUGAUUCAAUUAUGGAAUCAUGGAUAGUCAUUGGUUGGGCUGAUGUAUAGUCUCUUACCUAUUUAAAUGUAACCUUUAUUCUAGACCUAUUUAUACCUAGUUUGGUUGGGCUGAUGUAUAGUCUCCUCUUACCUCUUACAAGCUUGUAUCAAAUAAAAUACGGAAAAAGGUUAAAAAUGUCAUUAGUGUAUUAUAAAAUAAUUCAAAAA